AAGAGGGGGAGCUGAAUCCGCCGGGUUCGGUUUGCACCGCUUGCGGGCCCCUUGCGGGUGCUUCCCGGGCUGGUCGAGCCCCAGCGAUUCGCUGGCCCUUGUUACUCGCUGUUUAAGAGAACUUCAAGUUUACCACCAGCACUGCAGCGCACCUGUGACUGAUGGCUCAUGAAGCAAUGGACUGUGAUCUUCAAGUGCCAUUAGAUGGUACUACAGAACGGGCUACCCCAGCUGAAGUCAUCAGCCAAGGGGCACCUCUCCCGCAGCCAGCCCCUGAUGAACUGGCCAACAGCCAAGGAGGAACACUUGUUCAGCAUGCGCCUGCUGACAUGCCAAGCAGCCAAGGAGGACUGCCCCCCCUACAGCCUAUGCCACCAGCAGCCACUGGUUUGAUGGAAGAAAAUAUGGAGGUUGUCAACCCUGGAACGUCAGAAGAGCAUCAUCAGGGAUCUGGCGCUAACCGUACGGUCCAAACUGCAGUUUCAAUGAACAACUUCAUCAGUGGACUGCAGAGACUCCAUAACAUGCUGGAGUGGCUGAGACCUCCACCUUCAGACCAAAGUGUGGGACCAGUGAGAACAAGGAGGAGAAGAGCAGCAUCCAUCCUGAGAGGGAGAGCUGGAGCAUCUCAGAGGCCAGAGGGCGCCAGAUUGAGAACACCGGUGUAUGCCUACUUUCAAGUAAGCAGGUCUCAGCCUUAUGUACCAGCCACUGCUCAUAACUUAGAGACUGGGAAUCCAACCUCAGGAACUGAUUCCGACAGUGACACCACUGCAGAGAAUGAAGAGGUUGUUGUCCAGGCAGAAGAACCUGAAGCUGACAUUCCAGAACAAGGAGUUACCUCAGCAGAGCAAGAAGCUACAUCUGUCACAGGAGGUGAUGCAGCCCCUGAAGAGUCUCCCCGGAAGCCCAGCAACCUCCCUUCCAUGGAUGACGAAGAAGGGGAGACUUGCACUAUAUGUCUGGACCAGUGGACCAGUGCUGGGGACCACCGGCUCUCGGCAUUACGCUGUGGCCAUCUUUUUGGAUAUAGAUGCAUUUCUAAGUGGCUCAAAGGACAAACACGAAAAUGCCCUCAGUGCAACAAGAAAGCCAAGCACAGUGACAUCGUUGUCCUUUAUGCCCGAACCCUGAAAGCCUUGGACACUACUGAACAGGAACGCCUGAAAAGUGACUUACUGAAUGAGCAAGUGCUCAGGAAGCAGGCUGAGAUAGAAUCUGCGCGGUGCCGGCUCCAACUUCAGGCCCUCGUUGAUAAAUGCAAUAAACUCAAUAGCCGUGUCCAGGACUUGGAAGCCCUUGUUAUGCAGCAUGAGAAUAAAGCUGAAACACCGUGUGGGAGCUCCCAAGCACGAUACAAGAACUGCUUACCCCUCAGCCAGAGCCAACACAAAUACCACUUCCAUAAAACCUUCACAGUGUCUCAGGCAGGAAACUGCAGAAUCAUGGCGUACUGUGAUGGUUUGAGCUGCCUGGUGGUGUCACAGCCUUCUCCUCAGGCGUCCUUCCUUCCAGGCUUUGGUGUUAAGAUGUUGAGUACUGCCAACAUGAAAAGCAGUCAGUAUAUUCCUAUGCAUAGCAAGCAGAUCCGUGGAUUAGCUUUCAACAGUCAAUCUAAAGGCUUGCUGCUCUCUGCGUCCCUUGACAGCACUAUUAAACUGACCAGCCUGGAAACAAAUACUGUGGUACAGACUUACAAUACAGGACGUCCUGUCUGGAGCUGUUGCUGGUGCCUUGAUGAAAGCAAUUACAUCUAUGCUGGACUGGCCAAUGGUUCAAUUCUGAUAUAUGACUUACGGAACACAAAUGCCUAUGUACAGGAGUUAGUUCCUCAGAAGGCCAGAUGCCCUCUGGUGUCCCUGUCAUACUUACCCAGAGCUGCGGUGGCUGCAUUUCCUUAUGGUGGGGUGCUGGCUGGAACCUUGGAGAAUGCCUCCUUCUGGGAGCUAAAAACAGACUUUUCCCAUAAGCCUCAUGUGUUGUCCCUGGAGCCAGGGGGCUUUGUAGACUUUCAGACAGAGAGCAGCAGCCGACACUGCCUUGUGACUUACAGGCCUGAUAAAAGCCACAACACCAUACGAACUGUGCUAUUGGAGAUGUCUUACAAGCUGGAUGAUGCUGGAGAGCCAGUCUGUUCCUGCCUUCCUGUGCAAACAUUCCUUGGGGGACCCACUUGCAAACUAUUGACCAAAAAUGCCAUCUUCCAAAGCCCAGAUAACAAUGGCAGUAUCCUAGUAUGUACUGGGGAUGAAGCAUCAAACUCUGCCUUGCUGUGGAAUGCUGGCAGUGGCCUGCUGCUGCAGAACCUGAAGACGGAUCAGCCUGUCUUGGACAUCUGCCCAUUUGAAGCGAAUCAGAGCAGCUUUUUGGCCACCUUAACUGAGAAGACUGUCCAUAUUUACAGAUGGGAGUGAGCGUGGUCUUGAGACCGUCCAGACACGCUGCUGGUGGAUGUGAAGUGACGAUUUUGGUACCUAGCAACUCUGAACAAGAUAACCGUUUAUGUGCUGUGACUGGAGCUUUUGGAUCAUGGUUCAUUGGAUUAGUGUGGUUCUAGGUCACUUAGGCACUAAGACUGGUUGUGUUCUUUGCACCAAAUAAGUACCUUUGUGAAUCUUGCCUGGAAAUUCUUAAAUUCUGCAGGAUUUUGCAGUCCUCUCAACUGUUGUUUAGGAUAUUAGUGUGCAUCAAGCUGUGAUACUCAAGCAACCUAAAUUGUCUUGUCAGGUAGGCUAAUUGGCUUGGAAGUGGUACUUGAAAGGCCUGUCCUGCUUCUUGGAUGAACAAAUUCUUUCUUCCAUUAAGCACAAGAGGGCACUGUGACUAUCUUGCAUAGAGUUUGAAUGCUUAGUGGCUUGAUCUCCCCCACACCCUGGGCUGCUCUCUGCCCCCAGUGUCUGGUACUGCCAUGUGGUAAGCUUUGUGGCAACAACAGUUGCAUCCUAGGUAUACAUACCUCCUAGAC